GUGUCAGUUGUGUGCAGGGAAAACUGGCAGCUCUGCUGAGAUGCACUGAAUACUCAUUGACUGAACAUGGAGAAGUGUUUAUAAUCGUAACGUGUUAGUAUUGUAAAUAGAUUAUUUCACGCGUGAGUAUAUUUAUUUGUUGAUAAAAUGGCAUUUACGUUCGGAACGUCAACUAUCACCUCUACCACCACUGGUUUUGGAUUUGGAACGCAAAAAUCAAUAACAAGCUUCGGUUUGGGCAACCCAUCGUUCAGUACCACAGCCACAACAUCUAGCCCGUUAGCGUUUGGCACUAUGUCCACUCCGACGACAUCCGUAGGUCUUAAUUUUGGAUUUGGUACUCCAACGACCGCCGCCCAACUGCAAAGCAGUGGUCUGCUUCUAGGAUCUAAUACAGCUACUACGAUGACCACCGCUCCUAGUUUAUUUCCUGCUCCUACCACGGCUGCGCCUUUAUUUACUGGACUUAGUUUUGGCACACCAACUACAACGACCAUGUUAACAUUUGGUGCAACAUCUAAUACACCAGCAACAGGAAGUUUAACUUUUGGCUCAGCUACUACUAAUACCUCCUUAUUUGGAUCUGCACCUGGAAGCACUUUAUUGGGUGCUAAACCAAUAACUGCUGCAACUACUACUACUACUGUACAUAAAGGGCUUGGUGGCUUAGAUGUUUCCGUUAAUAAUAAGGGCCUUUCUCAAGGAAAUAGUAGUUCAACAGCUGCCAAAGAGAAUCUAUUGCCAAAUGAACUUAUGCAAACCAUAGAUAAAUUCAAGGAUUUUGUAAAAAUACAGAAAGGCCUAUCUUCAGAUAUCGCGAGAGGUUCGUCGAGACCAUUAAAUCGUUGUGCAGAGGAUACGGCAUCAUUAAUGGAAAUGUUAUCAACCUUAUCUGGCUCAGUGCAACGGGAUCGUUCGUCAGCGGAUAAACUGAAACAGGAUACAGCAAGAGCGUUGCAAAGUGCAGAAAUAGCUCAAAGAACUCACGAUACUCCACCGGGUUUGCAGUAUGAAAAUAAUGCGCCCCUUCAGUUCUUCAUGGAACUAGUCGAGAGCUUUGAACACGAUUUGAUGUUGUUCAGAUCACAAAUCGAGACAACAGAGAAGCAUAUACAAGCCAUGAUGGCACCGAGAACACUAACACCACAGGAAUUGACGAUGGCCAUGAGUAAGCUUCAUGAGUCUCUGGUUGCGGUUGCCGGUCGAUUACAAAGUGUGCAUGCCAAGGUGCAGCAGCAGAAGGAGCAGUAUCUCAAUUUCAGGAAAUAUGUGUUGAAAGAUAACACCAAUGUUUUUGACAGUAUCAAGGCGAGCAGUAAAUCUAGUCGAAGCAACAUCGGAAGGAUCACUAGUGGUCCGACGCCUUUUGAACCAGGAAAUAAAAGCUUUUUGUCGUCGACGACGUUAAACUCGAAUCGGCCGACAACUUACGAAACACGAAAUCCUUUAGUUUGGGAAAGUUCGACACCAGUACCAUCUGCUACUAACAUUGCUAUAGGCUCAUCUAUGAAACCGCCGACCGCAAGUUUAAAUUUUAACGCACCGAUUAAUCUGACCGCACCGUUGCCAGUAAAUGGGGCCACUCCAAACUUUCAACUUCAAAAGCCUCCCGUUGGUAAUAAACGAGGAAAGCAUUGAUCACUUAUCGCAUAUAUUACGAUUCUUGUGAUUUUUAUAAAUGUUUUGUUAUCUACAAGUUCGAUACACGUUGUAAAGUCUCCACUUUACUAGAUUGUUAGUGUUAAUGACGAUGUUGAGAGGUGUUUUUAUAUGUUCAAGAUUCAUCACGAAAUCAAUUGUGAUACUCUUAUUUUUUUUCUUUUUACUCUAAUAUUGCUGGUAUAUACAUGGUACAAUUUUUAGUGGAAUUUCUAUUUUACGGAUAUUCUAUUAUCUUACAUGAAUCAUAGAUAUAUUUUUUCAUAUUAUUAAAUGCCUAAAAUUUAAUUACUUUAAAGUAAUGGCAUUGUCCUCUAUAAUACAUUAAAACUUUUUUUAUUAAAAUUUGUUUAAUAAUUAUGUAUGUUCUGUAUUAAUAUGUAUUUAUCUCGUUUAUUAUGACAAAAACUUGCAAUAAUCAACAACAGCAGAUUAUAAGAUGUAAAUAUAACGAAUUAACAACUUGGUCCCACUUUUGAAUAUAAAUAGCGUUUUAAUAAAAAGAGUAAGAUGA